UCCCGUUCCCCUUGAAGAGGUAGGGUACUUUAUGACUAUUGCGCAUGUUGAAAUUCUGCGUGAGGUCAACACGUGGAUAUUUGUGUAGUGUGGAACGACUGAAAAUGGAUUUUGUGGAUACUGAGCAGUUCCUUGCCCCACGCCAUUCGACCAGAAACCACAGACGUUUGCUUAUUUACCAGAGAUGAAGCUAACAUGACUGCGGAGCAGACGGAAAAAUUUUACAGGCAACUUUUGGAUCGGCACGGAAUCAAACAAAUUACGCGGAUCAUUCCAUACAAGAUAUUAAAAACAGAAUACAAGCCUUAUGAAUCAAAGCGUCGGCUGCUAAGCAGUUUUGAUCUUUUCCUUUCAGACAGUAGGAUUAGAAGACUCCUGCCAUCACUUGUGGGCAAACAUUUCUACCAAGCAAAAAGGGCACCUCUUUCUGUGGAGCUGACUGCGAAAAACCUCAGUAAAGAACUGAACAAAGUGAUUCAGGGAACUAUUCUUCCAGUGACUCACAAAGGUUGUUGUUACACGGUACGUGUAGGACACACAUCAAUGAAGGCCGAAGAAGUAGUAGAAAAUAUUAGCACUGUUGUCUCAGUAAUCGCCGAGAAGCUACCAAUGAAAUGGGAGAAUGUAAAGAUGCUACACCUGAAAACAGAAACAUCUGCUGCACUUCCCAUUUAUACGUCCUCCCUCAGGCACAUGGAUGACAUCUUCGGAGAACCCCUACCAUCCAAAAAUCUUCAGAAAAGAUCCAGAGAGAAAAACAAGAAAAGACAAAAGGGGGAUGUGUUUAAAAAAGCCCAGAGUAAGACUCCAGUGUCACCGGAAGCAGAUGAUAUGCUGGUUGAAACAGAUCUUAAGAAGAAAAAGAAGAAACCAAAAAAAGCAAUAGUCAAGAAGAUAGACAAAUCAGAGAAGGAAGAAGAAAUACCAGAACUGAUUCCUAUCCAGUCAUCCUGCACUCCAGAGAAAGUUAAGAAAACUGCAAAGAAAAAUGUUCUUUCGAGUGAUGUGAAAUCAUCCUUUGUCCGAAAGACUCCAAAAAGAAAACUCGCUAUUAAUGAUGGCAGUGGUACACAGGAGGAUAGCAAGGUGCAGAAAGUAGAUGCUUCGGCUGUGUUCGAAGAGACGGAAGAAAAACGGUCCAAAUUUGAAAAGAAACUAGGAAAUAAAACACCACAAAAGAAGGUGAAAGUAAAACGUCUUGGAGGAUCUGUAGUGAGGAAGAAUGUGAUGUCUGCUACAAAAGCAAUAAAAACACCAAGACUGAAGCCUAAAAAAAUGAAGACUCCCAAGUCUGUAUAAAAUACAAAUUUUAAAAGCGACUUUAAACUGAUGCAUCAUCUGUUUUGGUACUGCAGAUUACUUGAGUGAUUGUAGUACCCGUGACUUCAUCCUUUCAUUAAGGAAGAAGCAUUACCAGUACUAUGAUACACGUUUUGCAGUUGCCAUUUUACUCUGUCCUUUGUUGAAAAUACGUAUCAUCUGACUUAUCCUCCCAUUUCAUCUGCUGAUGUUGGCGUCUCUGAUCUCAUAGACUUGAUUUUCAAAACGAUAUAAACUGGAUAUUGUGUCCUUUUAAGUUGUGCUUUCUGGAAGGGAGCAGAGCAUAUAUUUGAAUCUAGGAGCUUUACCCAGAGAACUUAAGAAUACUGUGCUUGUCUUAAAACAUUUUUGUAUGUUAUAUACAAAAUGAACUUAGUCUGCUGACUAGCAAGAUUCUUGCUAUAGCCAAAAGCCUUUUGUUCUUGUCAUAGGCGCUGACGAGUUAGCUGCAGAUCAAUGUAUAAACCCAGCCUUCAUAUUAAUUUCUGUUGUUCAUCAUUUGCAUUUGCAACAUAAGUGACUGUUUAGUUUUGAUACUGGUUAACCUCAGAUUGUUUGGAUUCUUCUCUUCCCCCAAGCGUAUAAAUGCAUAUAUGCCAGUGUUUGAGUUACUGUCCAUGCAGAUAACUUAAGAGGUGCUGUUUGUAAUGGAAGCUCAGUAGGAGACACUUAAUCUCCUAAAAUACACAGACGUUGUCACAGCCUUAUUUUAUGUGAUAAACUCCUUGUUGCCACCUUUUCAAGUUAUUAAAAAAAAAGUUCAGAAUGUGUGCUUUGGUAUGUUUCCAUUUUCAGAAUUUUGUUACUAUGAAGAGAUGGCAGCAUAGUUUUCCCUCCUGCUGUGUAUGUUUGACAUUGUCUUUAGUUAAUUAUAUCCAUUCUUUAGCUGGCUAAACCCCUCCUAACCAAGUGCCUGUUUUCAGAGACACCCCAGAACACUAGUGACCUAGUGAUAGUUUGCAUGUGGAAAGUGAGGGAAUUGAACCCGGUGCUGCAAGCUGAGCCUUAUCAGUUUACUGCUUUAAUUCUCUUCCACAGUACUAGUCCUUGCUAGAAAUGUAUGGCCUUUGUAGUUAUAUAUAGUAUAGUUAUUAUGACAGAAGUUUAGUUUGUGUUAAUGGCCAUUCAUAUUUGCUGUUUAUUAAACUGUGUACAUCAGGUUUGUUUGACUUUGGGUAUAAGUUGACCUUUUCAAGAAAUUAAUCUUGGAUUAAAAAAGUGGUUAUUACUGAA